ACUGUGACUAUCAGUUCAUGUGAUAGAAGUUAAUGAAUGAAACAUUAGCCAUAGGACUGGAGGAGGUACAUUUCCAUCAGUGAGCUCUACGUUUCUGUCCUGAAGGAUCUGGUUUCACACACCUGUCGACUGUGCAUUCAAACAGUGUGCUGUGUGGCUCUACACAGUCUAUGCAUCUGCUGCCUCUUUUUUUUUUUUAAUAAGGCAGCGUUUGUUCUGAAGGGAAGAAAAGAGAAAGAAUGGAUCUUAAGAACCGGAAAUCAGGAAUUAGAUGAUAGAGUCCUGAAGGGAUGUCCAUGUCAUGGGCACAGAGCACGAGGAGAACGAGCAGACGAGCAGAGAUGAUGAUGCAUCUCAACAGGACAUUGCCAGCAUUGCAGAUGUGUCUGUGGAGGUGGCUACAGUUGACCACACUCUGCAGAAGAUCCGCAGGAUGUACAGAAAGACCAGACGGAAGCCCAAAGGACUCAAGAGACUUUGGGCCCGUCUGUUGAGCAUCCCACACAUCGCUCUCAUCGUCACAGCGGUCGUGUUUGUGGUGGUGGUCAUCAUGUGGUCGCUGUUGUGGGUCUUUAUAUUUCGCAGGGAAAGCAACAGUGGAGCGUAUUUUGCCGGGAUGUUCCGUGUUGCCAACGUAGAGUUUAUCCCAGAGUACCGCCAGGAAGAGACCAAUGAGUUUUUAUCCUUGACAACCAAAAUACAACAAGUGGUGAGCAGUGUGUACAAGAUGUCAUCAGUGGCCAGACUCUACAAGCAAACUGUCAUUUCAGACCUCAGUAACAAUAACAAGGGCGGUGUGCUGGUUCAUUUCUGGAUGGUUUUUGUGGUGCCUCAACUAAAGAGCCCGGCAGUGUGUGAGGAGUGUGUGGGAGCCAUUUUCCGAAACUCGAUCCACCUGAGCAUGAAGAACAGGUCCUCUGUGGGCUACCUGCUGGGUCUCCCAGUGGACAUAGACUCCAUUGUCAUCAAUGCUGUUCAUCGAUCAGAUUUUACAUCAAGAUCAGGCUCGCAGUGUGUAGAUAAGCUGUAUGCCAACCUUCAUGGGGCGAGGGUCCCUUUAAAUGUCUUCUCAUCAUGGGGUGGUGUGACCUGCCACGUUAAACUCACCUCCGUCCCCAGCUCUUUGAUCCGUCUGACCAUCACCUCGUUCCUCAUUGAGCCCAGCGACUGUGUGAACGAUGCCCUGACCGUGUACGACGCUCUGCUGCCCAUGAGAGGGCGCAUUCUUCACAGGCUGUGUGAGCCAGUGUCCAGCUCCUUUUCCAUAGUGACUACCUCCAAUGUCAUGUUGCUGUCCUUCAGAAUGACUAACGGCAACAAGAGCUUCAGAGGAUACUUUGAGGCCAUCACUGAGGAAAUGUGUAUGUCUCAAAUUGAGACUCAUUCAGAGCCUCACAUCACCGGUCAGAUCUACAGCCCCUUCUACCCCAGCCUUCUGCCCCCAAUGUGCUUCUGCAGCUGGAAGUUUGAGACCCCCAACAGUGCAUUAGGAGUUGCUCUGAAGUUUCAGAACUAUGUAUUGAAACCAAAGGACAUAAAGAGCUGUGACCACGGCUGGUGGAAGGUCAAUGAAAUCAUUUUCUGUGGCAGCUACGUGGGGCACCACACGGUGUUUCGGAUCGCUGACCACAGCCCAGAGGUGGAGUUUCGCUGCAGCUCACGUACCUCUGUUCAGCCUUUUCUGGCGUCAUACAACAGCUACAAUAUCAGCCAACCCUGUCCAGAGAGCUACUUUCUGUGCUCCACAGGACUGUGUGUGGAGAAGAGUCGACGCUGUGAUGGCCUGGACGACUGCCAUGAUGAGAGUGAUGAGAUUUUCUGCUCGAGGCCCCCAAAAAACUGUGCUGGAAACAGUCCUGUGCAUCCUUUGUUUGUAUGUAACGGAGAGAGAGACUGCAUCAAUGGAAAAGAUGAGCUGAACUGCACUCAGGAAACAACAUGCUCUGCAAUCAGGUAUCAGUGCAACAGUGGCUCGUGCAUCCUGAAGAAGAACGCAAAGUGUGAUGGCGUUCAUGAUUGCCAGGACCGCAGCGAUGAAGCCAACUGUGCUUGUGGCCGACCCUACGUGGUGAAGAAGGUGAAUUCAUCCACAGGAAAUGAGCGUAUCGUGGGUGGGGUUAACUCUGUGGAGGGGGAGUGGCCGUGGCAGGUCAGCCUUCUGUUCUCUGGCAACCUGUACUGUGGCGCUUCGAUCCUCUCCCCCGAUUGGCUCAUCUCAGCAGCACACUGCUUCAGCAAGGAAAGGCUCUCUGACCCACGUUACUGGAGCGCUCACCUCGGCAUGCUGAUGCAGGGCAGUGCCAAAUAUGUGGCGGACAUCAAGCGGAUCGUGGUGCACGAGUAUUACAACGCAUACACGUUCGACUAUGACAUUGCCCUGCUGCAGCUGAACAAGCCGUGGCCUUCCUCGCUCAGGCCGCUUGUCCAGCCUGUGUGCCUGCCAUCCCCCUCCCACACUGUCACCGCAAACCACCACUGCUGGGUCACCGGGUGGGGAUACCGCUCUGAGGAGGACAAAGUGUUACCCUCAGUGCUGCAGAAAGCAGAGGUCUCCCUACUGACUCAGACUGACUGUAAGAAAAGCUAUGGACCCAUCUCACCGCGCAUGCUUUGUGCUGGAGUCCCCUCUGGAGAGCAGGAUGCCUGCAGGGGCGAUUCAGGGGGUCCUCUAUCCUGUAAGGCACCUGGAGGGAGUCGCUGGUUCCUGAUUGGCAUUGUCAGCUGGGGGGCGGGCUGUGGAAGACCAAACCUGCCUGGGGUCUACACCAGGGUCAACAAGUUCACCUCCUGGAUCUACAGCCAUAUCAGCUGACAUGAUAUCUUAUUCAUCCACUGCCAGCAGAUGUUGAAAUAUUGUGUUGCUUACACCAAAUAAAAGAUCAAUCAGA